UUCGAUGCAUCGCGGUGUAUUUUAUCGGGUAUGAUGGUUUAGUUAUACAUGUGAAGCUUACAAUUGUUUGAAAGCAUACAUAAAACAACACGAGAUGCAGUUGAGUUUGAAAUGACUCUUUAGAUGUUUCCAAAGCUUACUGAAAUAGAUCCUGAAAUAGACACUCCUUGCAAAUAUCUUAACUUUCUAAAUUCUUACAAGCUAUAACUAAUAUCAUCUGCAAUCUCCCAGCCCAUCUAUAAAUAACACAAUCUCAACAGAUCUAAUCAAGAACGGUACCCAACAACAACAGGCCCAGUGCGUCUCUAUCUACUUUUAUCACCCUGAAAGCCCUUUACUAAGCAUUCCUGCGUAGCUAAGUGUAGAUCGUUUCCCGGAAAACGUACACCAGACUAACACUGUAUCCAAUGUACCUAUCUUAGAUCGCUUAUCACAUCUGAUGUCAGUUUAAAAGCAACUAUCCUACUGCCUUAUCUCCACACUACUAGUUUACGUGUCGAUACGAUCGUGCAGCGAAAACCUGCUCUUCCCGCAAUGACUCUUCAACAAGUCCUGGUCACUGCAUUGCUGGUCGCCGCUACUCUUUGGAGUGUACCUGCCGAAGGAGUGGAUUUUAACAAACUGUGUCAGGGUGUCCGGUUUGGCACCUUUGCACAUCCCAACGAUUGCCGACAGUACGUAAUGUGCGUUCUCUGGAACCCGGUUGUGCUAUCCUGUCCCGGCGGGUACGUCUUCCAACCGGAGGUACAGUUUUGUGUUCAAGAAUCGCAGUACCAGUGCAAUACUGAGGUAACAUCCGGUCCAGAGGAGACAACUACUACCUCCACUACACCGGAACCAACCACUUCCGUGCCCGAGUGUGUGCACCGUCCAUCGUGGGAAUCAUUCUUCUGUGACAAUGCACGUCGUGCGCUCGUGGCAAACCCGAUGAACUGUACCCAGUACAUCCGCUGUCAGCUGCAGGUCCCGGCGAAUCAACAUUGCCCUGCCGGAACUGUUUUCAACGACCUCUAUCAGGACUGUUUUCCUAGAGAGCACGAGACGUGCACGUUGGCCAGCGUUCGGGAGGAUUUCUGUGUCAGCCGUGCCGACGGUAGCUAUGCCCAUCCGUUCCUGUGCAAUCGCUUCGUCACGUGCGUCCAGCAGCAGCUACGGCUCGAAUCGUGCCCACCGUUCUUCGUGUUCAGCCCAACGGUAGCGCACUGUGUGAAGGGAAGUGCCGUCGACUGCUCGAGUCUGUUGAAUUAGUGAUAAGUAAGCGUAUUUAAAAUAAAGUGCACGCGUUCAAUGGCAUGUGCUGUCGCAGAGAA